UUUUUAUUUAAGUUACAUCCAAAAAAUAAUUACAAAUACAAAUGGUUUCAACAAGUGCCAGUUAUUUGUUUGUGAAAUUUUAUAUCCACUUUAAAAUAUGCCUGAUGUGAAAGUUGGCAAAAUUGUUCUUUAAACGAAAUGUUGUCAUAUGUCUCCGAUUGCGUCAAACAAGAGAAAAUUGUGAAAAAGAAAACAAAGAUUUGACAUUUUGCUGCCCAUCCUGGACUAGAGCAUGAUAAUUUUGAUUACCUAGUUAAAAACAAAUACAAGUCGAAAAAUGAGUGGAGAAAAUUAUCCUAGAUUCAGCAACAAAGAUGAAGAAAUUUUAUAUUGGAAGAAUUUAGCUGCUGAGUACUUACAAGAUGCUGAACGGAUACAAAAAGAAUCUGAUGAAUUUAUUCAAGAAUCUCAACAGUUAGAUAGGGAAUAUGAAGCUACUAUUGAUCAAAACGAAAAGAAAAUUAAAGAACUUACAUUGGCAAAUAAUAGGGCGCAGAAUGAGAUUGAAUCAUUAAGAAACAAAUUAGAACAAAGCAAUAAGGAAAGCAUUAGUCUACAAAAUGAAUCACAGAAUUUAAAUAUGGAAAAGAAGCAAAUGCUGAACCACAUUAGGGAUUUAGAACAGAAAAAUGAUGAUCUUGAAAGAGCACGAAGGAUUAUUGAAGAAAGUAUAGCAGGAAUAGAAACAGCAUUCCACUCGGCUAUUGAAAGAAAUGCAAUGUUAGAAUCAGAAGUAGACGAAAAAGAGAAUCUAAAAGAAAAAUUGCAAAGAUUGGCAGAUGAAACCAGAGAUUUAAAGCAAGAACUUUUAGUAAAAGAAAAAGAACGAGCACCAGAUAACGAACGAAUUUUGAACGGAUUUCAAAAAACUAUCCUCGAUUCGAAUCGACUAAAAGAAAACGAGACUCAAACUACACCUGCAAAACAUGAUUAUCAAGCUCCUAUAUCACCAGCAUCGAGGGUAAUGGCCUUGAAUAUCGUUAGCGAUCUUAUUAGGAAAAUUGGAGGUUUAGAACGUAGAUUAGAAAAAUCCAAAUACGAUUACAGAGACAUUUCAACAAAUGACAUACGAAGGAGCAGGAGUUCAACAAAGAACAGCCCAUCUCCAAGUUUACAUGGUGUUACUAAAUGA